CAGGACAGACACUGGGUUGGUCAUCAGUCACCUUCCCAGAACCAGCUUGCAUCCUGCCCACCUGGCCUACAGCAGGUGCAGUUGGGCCAGGGUUGGCACACUGGGUGGGGGCAGUUGGGUCCACUUCCUGCGAUGAUUUGUGGUAAGGGGCAAUGAUCAGCCCAGGUCCCUUACCCUAGUCCUCAUUCUCCUGAGCUUGCCCUCCUAUCAGAUGUAAGUUCUGAAUGACUCUCUGAAGCCACAUACACAGUAGGUUCUUAGUAAGUAUUCAGUGAACAAAUGAAUAAAUGAAGCAGGCAAUGUCUCCUGGGUGGACCUGGCCAGCUCAUGUGGGGCCUGUGGCAGCUGAGGGGGAUCUGGGCCUGCUAGUGGGUAUCUGUGUUCAGCUCAUGGUGAGGAACUGCCAGCCAUAAGCUCCUGGAUGGAGCAGGUGUGCUGGGGUGAGGGGUCUGGCCUGUAAGGUUCAGGACCAGGUCAAAGAGUUGGGGUUUAGAGUGCCUCCUUCCUUCUAGAGCAGAACUGGGUGGAGCAGGCCAACAGGUUGGGUGGCAUAGCCCAGCCAACACUCACCUCCAGCAUAAAACCCCACUUCAUGGAACCCAGUGCCUCACAAGUGCCAGGAGCUCCCUCCACCACCACUGACCCUGGCCCUGCUUUGCCAGCUUGAGGACAUGAGGCGACACCUGGCCCCCACACCCCUCCUGCUGCUCCUGCUCUUCUUACUGCUGAGGCCUGGGAUCCAAGGGGCCAAGGUACCAGUAGUCUGCGGGCACCGGAGGAUGCUGAACCGGAUGGUGGGCGGGCAGGAUGCCAAGGAGGGUGAAUGGCCCUGGCAGGUUAGCAUCCAGCGCAACGGAAGCCACUUCUGUGGGGGCAGCCUCAUCACAGAGCAGUGGGUGCUCACCGCAGCGCACUGCUUCUCCAACACCUCUGAAACUUCCCUGUACCGGGUGUUACUGGGGGCACGGCAACUGCUGCAGCCAGGGGCACACUCCAUCUAUGCCCGUGUGAAACGAGUAGAGAGCAACCCCCUGUACCAGGGCAUGGCCUCCAGUGCAGACGUGGCCCUGGUGGAGUUGGAGGCACCAGUGACCUUCACCAACUACAUUCUCCCUGUGUGCAUGCCUGACCCCUCAGUCAUUUUUGGGACGGACAUGAAGUGCUGGGUUACUGGCUGGGGAAGCCCCAGUGAGCAAGACCACCUGCCCAGCCCUCGGAUCCUGCAGAAACUUGCUGUCCCCAUCAUUGACACACCCAAGUGCAACCUACUCUACAGCACAGAUACAGAGUCCGGCUUCCAGCCCAAAGCCAUCAAGGACGACAUGCUCUGUGCAGGCUUUGCUGAGGGCAAGAAGGAUGCCUGCAAGGGUGACUCUGGGGGCCCCCUCGUGUGCUUCGUGAACCAGACAUGGGUGCAGGCUGGUAUCAUCAGCUGGGGUGAGGGCUGUGCCCGCCGGAACCGCCCUGGCGUCUACAUCCGGGUCACCUCACACCACAACUGGAUCCACCGUAUCAUCCCUGAGCUGAAAUUCCAGUCUGGAAGAACAGAUGGCCACUAGUCAGAACCCUGUGACCAUCAGUGCCUUAGUGAGAGUUCAACACCCUGCCAAGUUGUCCAUGUGGCCCUGUUGGUCCUUAGGGUGCUGUUCACUGUCCUGUAAGUUCACACUACCAGGCCACAUGCCACCUAUGGUUCACAUGUGUAAAUAGCUUUCUAUCCUCCCCAAUCUCAAAUGCCAAGAUAUUUUUGUUUACUUCCAAUAAAAUUAGUGCCAACUAUCCAGGUCAAAAGUCUACAGAGUAUGGGUGUGGGGGUGGGGAGUUGAUAUACGGGAGAUUUAGAGGACUUGGUUCCUGGUAGGAUGGGACACUGCGGGAUCCCAGCCUAAUACAUCACUGGGUCCCAAUAACACUUUCCCAGACUUCCUUACAGGAGUCUAACCUGAUGCCACUUUAUACCUCCAGUUUUCCUACCUUCAUCUUCUGCUAAAGGCUGCCUGGGCCAGACACUGUGGACAGGGACAGACACAGGCACACGGUUUAUCACAGAUAGCCAAUACCACUGCAGGAGCUAUGCUAAUAAGGAGAGAGGGCACUCAGGAGGGGAAAGAGGGUAUCCUCGGGGAAUCAUGGCCCAUACCCCCUAGUUUUCCUCCAGAAUCCCUGCCAGACUUCUCUAAACAGCGAUGUCACCCGGGAGCAUGUCCAGUCUGUGUUUUCUGACCCUCCACUGCACUGCUCAGUUCUCCACCAGAGCUAGCCCAGGCC